GCAUGCUAAAGAGCGAGACGACCAUACGCGUCCGUCGAGAACUGCUACAGCACAUACGCAUUUUUAACCCUAAAAAAUACAGCACCGAGUCUUUAGUACAGUCAAAGUGACGCCGCGACAACUGAGAACGAAACCGAAAAUUAAAAACGGAAGAGAUUGUUGUUCCUGGUGUCCAAAAAAGAUAGAUUGUUUCGUUCGAGUGGCUCAUCCGUAUCCGAUCGAUACAUAAAGCCCAGCUAGCUGCUCAACUGGAGUGCAGAAGUGCAGUUUGUCGUAAUCGCCGAUUAAUAUUGAAAAGUAGCGGCUUGCAGUUGCGCGUGUAGCGCCCGCACAAACCGAAUAACACCAUCACUACGGCGUGCUCACCCGAAUCCAAAACGCCACGAAAUGAACAACCAACUGAAUCCGGCAACCUACCGCAAGUUUAACAAUCUGCUCAGUAGCGGAGCGGUCACUGUGACCGGUCCCAGCCAGCCGCGAAUCCUCAAGUCGACGCGUCUGGUGGUACCCGGUGGUGGCGGAGGUGGGGGUGCCUCUGCCGGAGGAGCCUCAGCCGUCGGUGGCGCAGCUCAGCAGCAGGCGGUCAACGAUGCGGAGUCGGGUGGCUUGGGUAUCGGCGGAUUGGCCACGCGAUGCUAUAUCUGCGAUGACCGCUGCGAGCCGCAGACUUCGCUAACCGAUAUGUGCACCACGCACACUUCCACCAAAUUCCCCAACAAACUGGCCCAGCUCGUGGGCGAGGGUUUCCUCGUGAUUGUUUGCGGCGAGGAUUACGUGUGCUCCCGCUGCACCAACCUGGUGAACUACUACGACCGCCUGGAAAACGAUGUGGAGCGCGUCAAGACGAACCUGAUCAGUUUGCUUAACAAGAAGUAUGCCAUUAACGAGGAUAUGGGCCUGGAAGGCAGUCCUCCGCUCAAGAUGCAGAAAAUGGUCGGUGGAUCCGCCAAUCGUUCGUUGGAGGAGAGUCCUAGUGCGGAUUUGCUGCGUCCACGUAAAGUCCUGCAGGGAAACCCAGUUGCCCAGUCCAAGAUCGCCCCAGGAACCACCCAGAGCAGCGUCCAGGGCACCCAGACAGUCCAACGCAAGGCCACCAAGAUCUAUAAGUGCACCUCGUGUGACUAUAAAACCUCGGAUAUGCGGCUGUUCAACACGCAUUAUGAAACCUGCAAGCAGCAGACCUUCCAGUGCAAGACUUGCCGCAAAAUCUUCCCGCACUUUGGGGCCAUGAAGCAGCACAUGGUGCGCGACCACAAUACCGCCAUGGAUAACACAUGUGCCAUGUGCCACAUUAACUUCGUGAACGAGAACAGCCUGCGCAAGCACAUGGAGACGAAUCACGCUACCAAUGUACUGGUGACCAGCACCACCACCAUACCAGCAUCAGCUGCUCCCGCGGCUGCUGCUGCAGCUGCCGCUGCUGCCAACGAGAAUCUGGUUGGAACAUCGCUGUACACAUGCAAUCAUUGCCAGUUCAAGUCAACGGACAAGGUCGUUUUCGAUGAGCAUAUGCGCAAGCAUGCCGCGGGUAAACCUAAGCCUUUUAAGUGCCGCCUGUGCUCCCAGCGCUUUGAGACGCGCGAAGCUGCUACUGUGCAUGCCAAACAGCAUCAGACCAACUUCUUCAAGUGCGGCACUUGUUCGAUGACCUUCCCGAAGCGGGAGAUGCUCGUGAAGCACUUCGAAGUGCAUCAGAGUCCUUCUGCAUCGACGGUAUCGCCCAAGCAGUCAGUUAGCCAGAACCUGAACACCCAGAAGCUCCUUCAAGAGACCAUUGAUGAGGCACUCAGCGAUAGCCUGCCUGCAUCGACAGCUGCUGUGGUGGCAACCACCGAGUCGGAGAACAACAUACGCUUCUUCUCGUGCAGCAUUUGCUCACUGACCUUUAUCCAGGAGACAUACUACAACCACCACAUGGAGACCCACAGACGAGACAAGAAGGGAACAUCGGCCGGAGCCACUGCCCUCAAUUCGGCAGCUACGGCUUUACUGAGCGAUGAGCCCGGAGAGGCAUCUGGUAAGGCCGGUGACGAAAGCGGCGAGCAAAACGCAGAGGCCGACAUUGAGAGCCUGUUUGAAAAGCUCCACUCCGACAAGAACGAGAGCGGUGAGGCGCCCAAAGCUGGAAGCAAAGGCGGCGAGAUGGUUAUUACCUCGCAGGAGGGCAGUGGAGGCAUAACCUUCAACAUUACUAUCCCGCAACCGGACGGAGACCAAUCGCAAAAGGAUUCACCCAAUACCACAGCACCUGUCUCUGUUAGCAUUGACAUGCCGAAUUUGGAUCAAGCCGAAGACGAAUCACAGUCCCAGGGCAGCAUCGAUGCCAAGGGCGAAAGCGGCGAGGCCUCCUCUGCCGAUAGCAAAUCCAAUGCCGCGCCUGUUUCCAUGCCCAGUUUAGAUGAUGACAACGAGGCUGCAGCUGCUGAAGCUGAGGCCUCAGAGGAAACCAAGGCGGCUAGCAAAGCAGGCCAAGAGAAAGCCAAGGCCAAGGUUGGAGAAAGUGCCAAGUCAAAGGAAGCCCCCGCUGCUGAAGAACCACAACCAUCGGACGAAGGAGACGGAGUUGCUAAGCGUGAGGCAACAGAUACGCCCACAACUGAGUCGGAGGCCAACGCCGCGACCGCUGAAGCCGGUGAAUCAGGCGAAGGCGAGGUUACUGCCAGUACUGGAGCCGAGGGCGAGGCGGGUGAAGCUGCUGGUGGCGAGCAUGUGGCCAUGGAACUUGAUGAAGCCAUGCAGGCACAAGUGGAAGGUGGCCAGAUCAAGUUCAUUGUUAACGAGAACGGACAUCUCCUCCAGCUGGACAACCACAUCCUAACGGACGCCGAAGGCAACCAAAUAAUUGUGCAAGAUCCCGAGCAAAUACAGCAGCUCCUCCAAAGCGUAGGAGUACUGCAGUCCGGCGAGGGACUCGAGGGCGAAACCCUCCAGAUGAUGACCGAUGGCAGUGGCCAGAUGGUACUUGUCCAUGGCGAUAACAAUGAACAGCAGCUAAUCGAUGCCUCCCUGUUGAACUCCGAGGGGCAGUUAAUUAUCCAGCAGGGACAGGAUGGUGAGGAAGGCGCUCAUGUCAUUAGCGAGGAUGGUACCCGCAUCCCAGUGUCCGUGUCGUACACGGAAGAUGGCCAGCCCAUAGUCCAGGUUCAGCAACAGGUCCUGGAGGCCGCGCAGCAGGCAGCCAGCGCUUCCGGCAGUGCAGAUGACAAGGAGGCGGCUGCGGCCUCGGCCGGCGAGGAAGUGCAAGUGUCGGAGGCAUCCAGUGGCACGGCAUCCACCACCGUUGUGGCCACGAGCACGGCCAGCAGCACUGGUGGCCCCUCUGGCGGCAGCUUUUUUGCCCUGGAGGAGUUUACGGAGACAAAGGCCGACUAGGAUUGGCCCUAGGGGCGUGGUCAUGACCACUACACCAUAUUGGCAUGCGAAGAGGACUGGUUUUAGCUGUGGGUACGCUCAAGAUCUCUGGAGGACUUUUGCACACCCCGAUUUGGAACCUACUCCCUGACACCCAAAACGGAACCAACUUUACAGACAACUGAACACGAAGACAGAAAAAUACACACACGAACCUUUUCAAUAUAUAUUUACAUUUAGUAUAUGUAUUUAACACUCCAGUAAACUAAAAGAACGAUUUCUUAUUCCCGAAGCAAAGGAAAAAACUAAUUCAAUAAAUCAAAUUGUCCAUUCGGUCCGUUUCGCACUCGGCUGCCAGGGAUCUCAAGCCAGAUCUCUUUGGUUGCCUCUUAAAUAUCGUAUCUAGGUUUAGUAAUAGUAUAGACAAAACUACAAGAUGAAAGCGACAAAAAAUGUAUAAACAUAGAGUUUAUGUGAGAAACUUGAAAUAUAAUAAAUGUAUGUAUUUACAAGAUAACUCAACAAUUACACUAAAUAAAUCGAUUUAAACACAAA